AGCCUAGUCCUCAACAGUCAACACCGUUUACUUGACUUUGAGACUUUUGAGUUUCCAAUUAGGGUUCCGAAAUAAAUAUGAAUCUCAGACUUGAAUCCCAUCCCUAAAUUUCAAACCAGAAGACUCCCCUUUCAUGGAAAAGAGCAACUCCUUCAAAGGCUCCCAGAGUCCAUGGAGCUCCGAUUUCGGCCUGGGCGCCACCGAUCGGAGGCUCGCGUUUUCCCGCCAAGCCUCGUUGCACCAAUACCACGACCCCCCGCACACGCCGCGCUCCAUCAAUCUCAACGACUCGUCGACGCCGUUUCUGUCCCGGAGCGUCUCCAGUAUCGACGUCCCGCCGGCGGCCGAAGAAAACGACAAGCUUUUUUUCGGCGAAGGAGGAGUUUCGGCCGAGAAACUAACCUUUUUGACGAUAUUCGAAUCGGUCUUUCGGAUCCUGAGGUCCGGAAAUCGGUAUAUGAAGAGACUGUUCCUCUUGAUUUCGCUCAACGUGGCUUAUUCUACUGCCGAGUUGUGUAUUGGACUCUUCACCGGACGUGUAGGUUUGGUGUCAGAUGCAUUUCAUUUAACUUUUGGGUGUGGCUUGUUGACGUUUUCGCUGUUCGCAAUGGCGGCUUCUCGAAAGAAGCCUGAUGGAAUUUACACUUACGGGUACAAGAGGCUUGAAGUUUUGUCAGCUUUUACCAAUGCUCUGUUUCUUUUGUUUAUGUCAUUCUCGUUGGCUGUAGAAGCGCUUCACGCAUUCAUACAGGAUGAAUCUGAGCACAAGCAUUACUUGAUUGUUUCGGCAGUGACAAAUCUACUGGUGAAUCUUAUUGGUGUUUGGUUCUUCAGAAAUUAUGCUCGUAUCAAUCUUGUUUACAGGAAUGCCGAAGAUAUGAACAACCACUCAGUUUGUCUGCACGUUCUUGCAGAUUCCAUUCGCAGUGCAGGGUUGAUACUGGCAUCCUGGUUUCUGUCUCUUGGGGUUCAGAAUGCAGAAGUUUUGUGUUUUGGACUAGUUGCAGUUGCAGUUUUUAUGCUUGUAAUGCCACUCUUUAGAGCAACUGGUGGUAUUCUGCUCCAAAUGGCACCACCAAACGUUCCAACUUCAGCAUUGAGCAAAUGCUGGCGACAGAUUACUGCCCGCGAAGAUGUUUCUGAAGUUUCUCAGGCUCGGUUUUGGGAAGUUGUUCCUGGUCAUGUUGUCGGCUCACUCUCAGUACAGGUCAAGAAGGGGAUAGAUGAUCGCCCGGUUCUUCAAUUGGUGCAUGGGUUGUACCACGAUUUGGGAAUACAGGAUUUGACCGUGCAAACUGACUAUGUCUGAGAUUUUUUGUUUCUGGCUUAUGCAUUGAAUUUGUUGUUGGUAAAAAUCAUAUCGAAUUGGAGUGUUAUAGGUUUUUUUUCUUGGUAAAGUCUUGAGAUAUAGAUUGUUCUCACGUUGUUUCAAACCAUGGCAUCACCGGUAGAAGGUAACCAAAAUAUAUCCUGUUAUAAAAGAGAGGAAUUCGAUCUGAUC